CUUCUCCCUGUCCCGGGACCCUUCCCCUCUAUAAGAAACCAAGACUACUUCCAUUAGCCGCGUACAGAUUGAGAGAUAGUAGAGAGAGCUACAACAGCCGGAGCAAGAAAAUCCUUGCAAGCGAAGAACAAAAUCCAAGAGAGAGAGAGAGAUGGGUAGAAGAGGAAGCCCGGCGCCGUUGCUGGUGUUCUUGGCCGUUCUAGUCGUGCUCCUCGCAGCUCUUCCCCACCUCGCCGAAUCCAGCGGCAGGCACCACCACCACCACGACCAACACUCCCAUCUCCAAAGCAGAGGGCACGGUGGAGGAGAGGGAGACAAAGAGCAGGCGCCGGCGGCGAAGGCGAGGGGGGUGAAGAGGCAGUGGCCGUGCUGCGACAACUGCGGCGCGUGCACGAAGUCGAUCCCGCCGCAGUGCCAGUGCAUGGACGCGGUGCGCGGCGGUUGUCACCCGGCUUGCCGGGACUGCGUCAAGUCCGCCCUCAGCGUCCACCCGCCCGUCUACCAGUGCAUGGACCGGAUCCCCAACUUCUGCCAGCGGCGCUGCAGCGCCGUCGCCGCCCACUGACCUGAACCAACCAACCGGCCAACUGACCCACCGCGGAGACGCCCACCUACCGCCACCGGCGACGAAGAAUCUUGCCAAGUCCAAUACUCUAUGCCGUUGCCAACGUGCCUGCCAGUUUUAAAUUAGCCGCGGCUCUUGUCUUCGUUGACUGACUAAUCUGUAACGGUCUGCUGUAACGUGUAUGGCGUCUCUCUUUCCCCUCGCUGCAAUGUAAAUCUGAAGAGAAAGUGUAUCUAAUUUAAUCUGGAGUUGGUU